CUAGCUUAAGGUGGUCGAAUUUUAUUCCCCACCUGGGAUUUUGUCCCUUAGAAUCACUGGGGACAUUAGGGUUUGUCCUUUUUGUUUUACCUUUUCCUCCAUCCCUCCCUCCUUUCUCUUCAUCUCUUACAUCUUCUGUCCUUUCCUCUGUUCCCCUCCCACCACCAGGAGGACUCUGUGUGUGUGUCGUGGGGGGUGCUCUGCAGUGGGAACAGGGACAAUUCUCCAACUUUGGGCAGUCGAGAGCCUGGGUGAGAUAAGGGGCGUUAAAGCCCUUUGUAAAGGAGAAAGGGGAGUUUCACGGUGUUGAGCACCAAGGAAUUCUAAACUUUGCUAAAACAUCUAGUCUGCAGAAACCAGAAAUGGUUGGGGCCACAUUGUAACCAUUGUCUUUUUUAAAGCCCAUUGAGGGAUGUGAGUCCCACCCUUUUAGGUAUCUGGGGUGCUGGGAGAAGAGAAGAGGUGCCUGUCUCCAUUUUAUGGCCUCAACAAACUACGUGCUGUGCCCCAGUUCUCGUCAGAGAUCCCUGAAAAAGAACGUCUUCCCAUCCAUUAACAUACCUGGAAAGAUACUGGAACUCCUUAUUAAACAAUCAGUUUGUCAGCACCUACAGGACAAUUUGGUUCUUAGGACUAGUGAGCAUGGACUUGUCAAGAACAAAUCAUUCCAAACAAAUCCUAGCUCCUUCUUUGGCAGGGUUACGGGCCUAGUGGAGGUGGGUAAACAGUAGAUGUGAUCCAUCUUGGUGUUAAUAAGGACAUUCUCACAAACAAACUAGGGAGAUGUGGUCUAGAUGCAAUUAGUAUAAUAUGUGUGCACAGAUGGUUGAAAGCCCGUACUCCAACAGCCCAGAACCAAACACUCCUCCUCCUGGGCAGUGUGCUCUGACCUCUAAUGGUCAGAUGCUGCUUAGCACUGUCAGAGCAGCUUUUGCUGGGGGAUUCUCCCAGCACUUUCCAAUAGUGGGAAAGUAUGAAAUCCCCAUUUGACUGCUGGGGACAGAGCCUAGAGCGGGGAGCAACUUGCCCAAAGUCCCACAGGUCAAUAGGAAACCAGCAAUGUCCAGUGUGGCCCGAAUCUCACACGCUCCUUUGUCUCCUUUGGGUCUCACAGGAGCUCAUUGAGGAGCUGCCUGAUAACUCUCCACCCGGCGCCGUCCUCGCUAACUCCCUGAUUGCUGUGGGCAACCUCAGCACCAUGACACCUGCUGUGGAGCCAGAGCUGGAGACCCACCUCCUUCGAGCUGCCCUGCACGCCGUCUUCACCCUGGGCAUGGAGAAGGACACCGCCCAAGUGCAGGAUCUGCCUAGGGUCUUGCCAGACCUCCUGGACGCCAUGCUGGGGAACCUGCUGGCAGAGUCCCCAGACACCGACAGGCUCCAGUACAUCUUGGAGCACAUUAACUACUGGAUCGUGUCCAGGGUGCCGCGAGAGAGAGCCAGGGCCGUUAAGAGCAGCACGGCCCUGCUCAGAUUCACCAUCACCCUCCCUGAGUUUGACAACUCAGCGGAAUUCCCCAGGAUGGGUCACCACAUGGCACAGCUGGCUCUGUCCGUCAGUGACCCAGCCAAGGACAUCAGCCGGCAGGCCAGGGAUGGGGUUUACCGGCUCUACCAGCUGCUGCUGCACCAGAGGGAUAAGGAACCCAGCUGGGAAAUGGCACCCGCUAGAAGAGUGAGACUGGGACCCCAGCCAAUUUCUCUCAGACUGACCCCGGCUGGAGGAUGAGUCUCUCUAUCUCUUUCUGUGUUCCACACCACGCCCUGUAAUUCUGUUGGGCCAGGCACGCAGCGAGGACUCUGCCCACUGUGCAGCCACCAAUGGGAUUGGAAGGACACAAGCCCUGCAACCAGAAGGACAAAUGUGUGUGUCUCUCUCUCCCUGUCACCUACUCCCUCCCGGGGGCUGGCCUGGCACAAGGAGCCUGGUGGGGAAUGAAAGGGAGAGCAGGUGCUCCUGGGAAGGGAGAUGAAUUCACCUCCAUGAGCAGGAGCGAGCCAGCUUGUCUCCGGAGCAGCUCCACCCAGCUCUUUAGCCAGGUUAAUUAAUGACAAGCUUUGCCUCAUCCCAGACUUAUGUUCUUAGGACAGGGUGCUAUCGCUCUUGGGAAGGGCAGGAGAGUCCCCCAAGUGCCCUCUGCGAGACUCUCCUGUCCCACAGGGCCGCACCCAAUUCCUAGUGGUCUGGUGUCUGUGUCACCCGAGCCACCAUCCAGAGUUGCUCCCAUCACUGGCAGCCUGGGAGGCCAAGGACUGAUGGGUGAUGGCGUCUGACCAGGCAAGGCUGAGGCACAUGGGCAGGGGACGCUUGUCCUGCUGCUGGCAAGGCUGGACCCCUUCUGGAGAGAACAGGAGGAUUCAGUCAGCAGUAGGGUUACCAUGUCUAAUAAAUAAAAAAAGAGGACCCUCCAUGGGCCCUGGGCCCGCCCAUUUCCCCACCCCUAGCCCCGCCCCAACUCCACCCCUUCCCCGCCCUAACUCAGCCCCCUCCUUCCUCCCACUCCCAGCCAUGGGGAAAGGGCUGCCCCAGCGCUACCGGCUUCACGGUUUGCCGGGCAGCCCCCAGACCCUGCGCCCCCGGCUGGCGCUUCCCCAGCGCAGCUGGAGCCCGGGAAGGGAAGUGCCUGGCCCGUGGCUCGGGGUCCGGAGGCAGGGGGGGCUGCCCGAAGCCAGUAGCGCUGGCUCGGGCAGCUCGGCUCUUAAAGUCUGAGAGGGGAGGAGCGGAGCAGCUCAGCUGGAGCCCGGGAAGGGAAGUGCCUGGCCAGCGGCUGGGGGUCCGGAGGCAGGGGGGGCUGCCCGAAGCCAGUAGCGCUGGCUCGGGCAGCUCGGCUCUUAAAGUCUGAGAGGGGAGGAGCAGAGCAGAGCAGCCGCGGGAGGGGAAGUGCCCGGCCGGCAUUUUCCCGGACAUGUUUGGCUUUUUGGCAAUUCCCCCCGGACGGGCGUUUGAUUGCCGAAAAGCAGGACAUGUCCGGGAAAAACCGGACGUAUGGUAACCCUAGUCAGCAGGGGCUGCCGAUCCGUCCCAUUCACCAGGGCUGCCAUCCUGCGGCUUCAGCAUUAGUGGCUGG